AUGAAGAUGAAGGUCCGGCGGGCGGCGUUUUCGCUGAUCACGGUCACGGGCGCUUACGUCCGCGCGCAAGUUGCCCUUGCAGCGCAAGGCGAGCUUGGCUUGCACCUCGUGCUCAAUCGCUGCUGCUACAAGCAUGGGUGGGGCGGGUGUUGCUCGAUCGCUCCCUCGCUCGGCGCUGCAGAAAUUGCUGCGGCGCAGAUAUCAUCGGCUGGGGCCAGAUCCGCUGCCGGCGACGCGGCGAGCGAGGUGAAGCCAUCUGAGUGCGGUGCUGCGCUCGAGGCGUUGUGGCUGGACGGAGGCUCAUUUGCCGCCGGGAUUCCUGAGUUCGUCGUGGUCGUGCUUCGUAUCGCGGACAGCCUUGCCGACAGCGGCGACCACAAAACUGCAGCGCUAAAGCGGCUGGCACACAUUGGAGACCACGUCUGCGAUCUGGGCGCCGUGGGCGACUGCCAGGCCGGUGCAGAUCCGAUUGCUCCGGGCGUCAUCAUGUGUGGACCACGCCCUCGGAUCGAGGCUGAGGCCUGCGAGUCUCGACUCGAAGUUCUGCCCGGGCCUGCUCUCGAGUCCAACGGCGGUCGCAACACCCACUUCGCGGCAGCGAGAGAGCUCGGACAGCGCGAGCCACACCCAGUUUGGUUGUGGCCACUUGCUGCCAGCAAGUCGCUGCUGUAA